AACUCUGCAGCAGUCCUCAUUAAAAUUCCCUGUCCGUACACUCACCACGAAAAAACCUCCUUUAGUGGGUGGCACCGGCGUCCUGCGCGCCUCUUUAAUUGCGCACCACGCAUUAACGAGCGAUCACGGAUCACAGUGUUCAUCAGCCGUGACCGCGCAGGGAUCACGCUUGCCUUGAAGGCGGAGAGCUCGCUUCAUGUCCCGCUAUUUACGGCGUCAAGGCUGAGAGAGUGAGGGAGAGGAAAGGUGGGCGCAGAGUCCCAGAGGUCCGGCAAAGGGUGGCGCCCUACGCAUCUCAUCCGGCGGCUGGACACGCUGUGCGGCGACCCACGGCGACACGGUCCGCUCCUGCAGCGGGCUUCACUGGCUCCUUGUUGCGGCUCAUGAUUGUGACAUUUCUCGGCGGGGACUGGCAACAUGUGCGCCUGGAUGGUGUGACACAGCGGCUUUGGGGGUUUCAUUUCUCUCGGAUACGCCAAGUACCCGACGUUACGGCGCACCUUGUGUAUAAUAGAGAACCAUGAGCACUGUGGAGGAGGAGCCGGAUCACAUGAUACCAUGAAGACAAGCCUGCAGGUCCUGCGCUGCCAGCUGCUGAGUGUUCUAGCAUUCCUAGCACUGCCAGUAGGACUGGUGUCAUCAGCACAGGAGCUGUACCCCAGCAAGACAUCCCAGGACUCUGUCUCCAUGGCCCGCAGCAGCCCCCUCUCUGCCCCCAUACCUGCCCCCGUGGACUGGCAUCAGGAGGGUUCCAGUAGCGGGGAGUGGUCAUCCAAAGGAGGCACUCAGUCCUCAAAUAUUAUCCUCCCUACUGUCACCCUCCAACCUCCAGCCCUGCUUCACACAACCCAAACUUCCCGCCUGGAUCAUGACGCCCCUCCAAACACUGUGAGCACUGAGGGUCAGCCCCUGGAGCCGAGCUCUGAUAGUGUAGGCCACAUGCACAAAUUGGUCAGGGUACCUCAAGUCCAUAACCCAGUUACUGUCAGCACGAACCAGGCCAGCAGCAGCAGCAGCAGCACAGCGGCCCCAAAUAUAGAUGUGGAAUCUCCUGCCAGAGGAGCUCCAAACCCCUCGGCUCUUCUCUCCAGCUCUGGAUCAGACAGAGGAGAUACGCUCGCUGCACACCACGUAAACCCUCAGAAGCUGAGUGUGGAGGGACCAACCAACCCCGGAUGGAAGCAUGUUCCAGAUCCCGAGCUCCCCUCCUUGUCCUCUUCAUCAAUGAAAGCUGACCCUGCACUAGGCCUGAAACUCAGGGAGCAUGCUCGGGGACCCCCAGAGCCGGCCGCGCACCACACCAUCACCUUGAGGGAGGUGCAUGGGUCCAUCGAGCCCCCCACUGCUGAACUGGUGGUAGAGCCGAGGGCCGUGUCUGUCACUCCAGUCCAGAGCCCACCUGAGAAUCUAACUUCCACCGCGGCCACUCCAGCUCUGUCCACUGAGCUCCUCAAGACACAGAAUCCAACAAUCAUCCCAAACAACUACACUGCGCCCAACGAGACCACCACCGAGAACGGCAGUGGUGUUGUUAACGGCUCGGACAAUGUCCCCGUGGGACACUGGUUGGGGAAUGUGACUGCAUAUGGAGGGCUGCUCUCCAACAGCAGCUCAGGCAAGGAUUCAUCUGCUCAGGGGAACGGCUCGGAGUCCCUCUCCACGGCCAGCGGGAACUUCCUGAACAGACAGGUGCCCGCCACGACCCAGGACCCCUGGACGCCUGGCAACAGCUCGGGCCCCACCGUCGACUCGCCACCGUCCCGCAUGACCAUCUGCUUGAGUAGGAUGGACAUUGUGUGGAUCGUGCUGGCCAUCAGUGUGCCUGUGUCCUCUUGCUCUGUGCUUCUGACUGUGUGCUGCAUGAAGAGGAAGAAGAAGUCGUCAAGUCAGGAGAACAACCUCAGCUACUGGAACAACGCCAUCACCAUGGACUACUUCAGCAGGCACGCUGUGGAGCUGCCCAGAGAGAUACACACUCUGGAAAGUGAGGAUCAUGACACCUGUCUACCCCCUAAUGGAGACUACUGCGGCAGCAGCGUGGUCCUGGUUAACCCUUUCUGCCAGGAGACUCUCUUCAUCAACAGAGACAAAGCUUCUGCCAUCUAGAGACAGAAAAAAAACCACAAACACUGUCGGAUUCUCCUCUUCUACUCCCCCUGCUGUUGUCGUCUAUUUUAUAAAUGUGGUAAAUAUUCAGAGACUUUAUACUGUAUAUGACAAACACAAAGAAGCAACCUGAAAGAGGAGUGACAGAGUAAACAGACACUAUUUACUAUGAGGAUGCACCUGCAUAUUUUUCUGAUGUACAUUUUCUACAAAAAGGCUUAAUUGUGAUAAAAGGUUUUUAUUGUCUUUAUAAAAUACAGAGUAUAUGUGGUUUUGUUUCAUUACAGUGGCUUGAUGGUGAGUGCACUGUGGAUAUGUUGCCACAUGAAAUCUGCUUUAGAGAGAGAAUCGUGCUAUGAAAACAUUAAAGCUGUUCUUUGUCAUUUUAUUUUUCCUUUAAAAUCUAUCCCAAAAUACUUAUAGCCUGUUGAACUUGAAUAUAGCACCUAUACGUUCUAUGAGGGGGGAAACAGAGAGACUGUCCGUAAGAUCAGGGCUCGUAUUUAUCAAACUGAGAAAUACACUCAAGAAGGAACGAAAGAGCAAACAUAGAAGUAAAAAAGUUCCUCUAAAAGUGAAGAAUAAGACAUAUUUAUCAAGUGAGUAACCUUUAAGAGAAGCUCUCAAGUGGUCACAGAUUAAUGCUCUGAGCUGGAAGAGCCAAUCAGAGACGUGGUUUUACUCUACUGCGCACCUGUCCCAUUUUUUAUUCUUUCUUUCUUUGCAAAUCCUUACAUUUUACUGCACACUUUUAUUGAAAAAACAACAAUACAAUAUUUUUAAAAAUACAUGAGUAAAAAUCAAAAUACAUUUUAUUUAAAGUGGUCUUUUGUAGAUACCUAAAAAUUGUUUGAUUUGAUUAAUUAUGUGAGAAAAACAAAGACAUUUUAAAAAGAUUUAAAGUGUCUAGAGCUGUCAUGAUAUCACAUUAUCAGUACACAAUGAUCAAAGCCAAAAUAAUUGCUACUGAUAACUGAUAACUGAUAACAAUAUUAUUGAGAUAUCUACAGAACAUUUGAAAAAAAUGUUUUUAAGAAAUUCAUCUUUGUUUAUUUAGAUUUUUGGGUCUCUUAUGGCAAGUAGAUGACGCUUACAAUACAAAGCAGUGAGAGAGUCUGUAAAUAUAACUGUACAAAAAUGAACUGAAAUUAUUUCUGGAUUAUUUUCAAAAUAUUAUCACAAGUGUAUCAAUACCUUGAUAUCAGUAUUUCAUUUUUAAAAUAUAUGUAUUAUUAAUACCAGUAUAUCGCUAUAAUCAGUUUGUUUUUAUCAUACCAAUCAGUAUUACAGGCUAAAAACAUUAAUUGAACGGUUUAUCUUAAUAUUAAAUCAGAAUUAACAAUAGGAAAUUGGAUGAAAUUAAAACAAACAUUAGCUGCAAACUGGAGGAAAGAAAUUCUGCUGCUGGUAGAUAAGGUACAUCAGAGAAAUCAUACAAUAAGGGGAAUAUUGGUACCAAUUGACAAUUGAAGAUGCAUGGAUGAGAUCACAUAGAAAAACAAGUGCCAACUUUAUUCUCGUUGUUUACACCCCUGAAACCUCUGGAGUUUGUUUAAAUUUAAGAGCAUUGUUACAGUAAAUGAUUAAGCGCUUUUAUUCAGAUCCCUCCCCCAACCCAUACCCCUUCAUAUCUACACAGGGAGAAGGUGCUCUUACACAUGUGGCAGCACCAUGUUUCUACAGAAGCCCACAGUGGACAAACAAAAACAAAACACUUUUGCAUUUUUACACUACCUGACAGCAACCAUAGCUUCUUUACCGUAGUCUGUAAAAAAAAGAAAUGGACAUAGCCACUGUGAGCUCACCCAUUGUUUUGUGGACUAAAGUUUUAAAGCCUUGGGUUUUGCAUUUUGCCCAUUGCCAUCUUGGUUUUUGCAUUUACAAAUGCCCAUAUUUGGACAGGAGUUUGAUACUAAAUCAGCUAGCAUUAGCUUGGUUUGCAAGGUGCAAAAAUGAGCUGUCAGAGUUUCUUUUUUAGAACAACUGAACACUGAACGACACACUUUUACAUUUUGUGGCAGCCGACUGUCAAUCACAAGGUAGCCCAAACUUAAAGCGUACUCUUAUUCAUCGUCUACUUUACUCCUAAUUGAACAAUAACUUAGAAAGUGAACAUGG